UCACUCUCUCCCCCACCGCUCCCCAUUCCAUGGUGGCCCCGCCUGCUCUCCCCACUGCCUCAUCUACCCACCACGGCCUCGCCCCGUCGGCCGCCGCCUCCUCUCCCCACCAUGGCCUCGGCCCGCCGCCUUCUCUCCCCACCACGACCUCACCUUGCCGGCUUGCCGCUAACCCCGCCGUUCUUCCCUAGAUCGACUCUGUCGCCGCCGUCCACAUCUUCCAGCGCAGAUCAAGAUGCGAGCUAGAGGAGCAUCCUGGAAACGAUGCGGCAGCGGGCAUCUCGGAGCGGGCCGAGUUCCAGUUCGUCUACGUGCCCACCGUGAUAGUCGACCUCGUGCUUCGCUCCCACACCUGCUCCGAGAAGGCGCUCCUAGCUCGCCUACGUGGUCGGUUGCUCCAGGAUGUAGCUUGGGAAGGUCAGACUGUUGGAGUUGAAGCAGUUGUAGAUUUCUUCAAGGCAAAAAUAAAGCAUUUGCACUUGGUGAGAUGAAAAAGAGGAUGGCACAGGUGAUGCGAGGAACCUAUGACCUGUUUGCAGCGAAGAAGGUGAGGGGGAGCAGCCGCGCAUGUAAUGGCCAGUGGAGGGCGGCCAGGGAAGGCGGCGGCGGUGUUUUCGUGCGGCGAGGUCGCCGUCCAGAGGAUGGCACAGGUGAUGGAAGGAACCUACGACCUGUUUGCAGCGAAGAAGGUGAGGGGGAGCAGCCGCACAUGUAAUGGCCAGUGGAGGCGGCCAGGGAAGGCGGCGGCGGUGUUUUCGUGCGGCGAGGUCGCCGUCCAGGAAGGCGAAGGCAAUGAUGUUUCUGAGCGGCGAGGGGAUAUCCGUGGGAGGAUGGCACAGGUGAUGCAAGGAACCUACGACCUGUUUGCAGCGAAGAAGGUGAGGGGGAGCAGCCGCGCAUGUAAUGGCCAGUGGAGGGCGGCCAGGGAAGGCGGCGGCGGUGUUUUCGUGCGGCGAGGUCGCCGUCCAGGAAGGCGAAGGCGAUGAUGUUUCUGAGCGGCGAGGGGAUAUCCGUGGGGUGUGUUUCUUGUUUUUGGAUUUGGAAGGUCUAUUAUUAUUUGUGGUAAUGGGGGAUACGUGUUUGAAUUUGUUUGGAAGACCUACGUGAUUGUAGGGAUUGUGUUUGCUUUCGCAUGGAAGUUUUCCUCCGCGGUGGAGUAUGGUCAGUCAACAUAAAUUAGUAAGUGCACACCAGAAAACAUAUCAGGUGAAGGCUAGCCGUUGGAUUUAGAUAAGUGGGGAUAAUCCUGUGGUAGUAUUGGGUCUGUGUAUGUUUUGUGGGGUGCGUUUAGCAAAGAUAAUGUUUGCUCUUUUAUUAGUAGUGGAGAUGGAGAUGGAGAUUAGAUAAGUGGGGAAAAUCCUGUGGUAGUAUUGGGUCCGUGUA